GGAGCUCUGAGUCGUGGCCAGCCCAGGGUGUCACUGUCAGAACAGCCGAGGCAGGGAAAAAGGAGAAGCGGGAAUAAGAAUGGCAGAAAAUGUCCUUUAUGCUGACCUGAACUUGCCUGAACCAACCAGACCCAGAAUCCUGACGGUCCCUGAUGUCCAAGGUAAAAGCUGUUGUUCCAGAACACGAGGUGCUGCUCUGGUUGCUGUCCUGCUUGUGAUCAUCCUCCUAGUUGUCAUAGCACUGUAUCUGACACUCACCACGGCAGGCAGCCAACAGGACACCACAGCACUGACCUUCAGCAGCCAAAAUGUCUCAACACCAUUGUCCCCCACCAGCCAAGAGAACUCCACAAAGUUACCCCCCAGCCAUGAGGAGGCACCAGGGAAAAGUUGUUGUUCCACAACACGAGUUGCUGUCCUGGUUACUGAGAUAAUCCUGCUCCUGCUCAUUGUUGUGUGCCAGAUACUCCCAUGCAAAAGCCAUUGUUCCAGAACACAAGUUGCUGUCCUGGUUGUUGUCCUGGUUCCCAUUGUACUGGCCCUAAUCCUGUCUUGGACACUCCCACGUGGUCCAACUGCAAACAGCCAACAGGACUCAACAACAACCAUCCCUGAAGAGGCACUAGGCUGCCCCCCACCAUGGAAAAAACAUGGGAGAAAAUGCUACUUCUUUUCUCCAGAGGGGAAAGCAAAGGACUGGAAUGGCUCCCGUGCAGAAUGCACUGCCAAGGGCUCAGACCUGGUGGUCAUUGACAGCAGGGAAGAGCUGAGUUACCUGCUCUCACAAUCAAGAUUUAACUACUACUUCCUUGGUCUCACAUACUCUCCAGAGGAGCAGAAGUGGAAGUGGAUCAACACCGUGGAACAUGACCCAGCCAUGUUCAGCAUACGUGGAAUUUACCAUGACUAUUUCUGCACGGUCAUUGGAUUUGAUGAAGUACAAUCUGCACCUUGUGGUGGAUCCACAACAACACAAAAUAUGUGUGAAAAAGCUGCUACAAUGACAAAAAGGCUUCAGAAGGAGAGCUAAAAACAAGAGGUCCAGGCUGAUAUGUUAUGCCCAGCUUCCUGUAGGAACCAUGGAUGGGAUGUGUCUCAUUUCUCUUUAGCUGCCCAGUCUCUGCUCCCAGGCUCUCCUGCAGCCUCUCUCCAGACUCGGGGCUGAGCUCAGCCCACCCUUUCCCUGAUGGUGUCUGAGCCUGCAUGGAUCCCCUCUGGAAGAGCUGGCCCUGGCACACAGGAGGAGUCUGGGACUGUCUCAUGCCAGAGGUGGCACUUCCAGGCAGGCCCUGCCAGGGCAGAGGACUGCAGCCUGGGGACAGGAGUGAUCCCAAACAGAUCCUGACUCUGCAAGUCACAUCCAUCCACAGCCCUGUGUUCCCAGUCCUGCCUGGGCACAAGGAGACCCUUCCCCACCUGGCCACAGCCUGGCCUUGCCUGCAGCCACAAGGGAAGCGCAGCACAGAUUUCUGGCUGGCAUCCUGUAGGGAAGGACAACCCCACUCCUUGCCAGGAUGUGCAGGAUAAAGUCAGGUGGGGUUGUGGAUAAAUCUUGUCCCAAACUGUUCCAAGAGCACACAGUAUCCCAGGGCCUGGGAGGGGAAUUGGAAUCAGCCCAAAGGAAAGGAUCCUACAGCAGCACAGCUCUGGGCAUAAAAUCAGCCACUGUCCUACAUGUGGAAGGGAAGGAAUGUGAGAUUUUGGAUCUGCUGGGAAAGGCCACAGGAUGGAGACCAGCAGAGACCAGCAAGGCCUGGAGAACAGAGUC